AUGGCAAAGAUCUAAUGAGCCAGUGAAUCUCUUUCCUAACAGCAAUGCAGGUGGAGAUAAGAUAACAGAGAUUGGUUUUGAUUAUUGGAGAAGGCUAAAGACAAGAGAAGAGAUUCCUGUGAAGAAGCUCCAGUCUCUGCUCUCAGAGGAAAUUUUCAGGAACAGAAACAGUGGUUUCUUUCACAGUCAACUGAUCCAGAAGAACCUGAUUGACUAUUUCGUCCCUUUCCUUCCUCUCGAAUAUAAGCAUGUGAGAGAGUGUGUCCGGGAGGAGCUGCGCAUGCAAGGACAUCCUGAGGAUGAAGACCUCAUCACAGAGAUUGCCUUGGCAAUGAUUGACUACCCCAGUGAAGAAAGACUCUACUCCAGCAAAGGCUGCAAGACUGUAGCCUCCAGAGUGACUCUGAGCACCUAG